GCUUUGUGGGUAGCGGCCAUCAUGAAAGAAUCUGAAAACAGAGCGAGGGUGUGAGAGAGAAUUGGAGAGGAAAAAAAAGUUAAGCGGAGGGAACAGUGCAGCCGGGAAAGUGGAAUGGCACAACUUACUAAUUUCUGAUUACUGUAUUAUGCCGAUUGAGUCUGAGAGUCCUAUGUAUUGAUCAUCAUUCUGAGGCGCAAUGGAGGAGAUCUCACAUUACGUCAGAAUGCUGCAGUGCAAUCAUUGAUCUAAGACGGUGAAUUCAUUUGGGCUGUGGUUUACGAAACUGAUGAUGCUUCAGGAACCCACUGUGACAUAACACAUCUCAGAAUGUGUUAACUUUGUUUGCAAAAGAUUUUAAAAUAAUUCUGCUGAAGAAUGAAUAUUGAAGACAAGCUCGAUCGGAUUUUUCUUAAAUGUGGCAGUAUAAAUGAAAUGCAGACUUCCAGACCACUGGUCGUGGUGGGAGGGGUCCCUGAUCAACCCUCUGUACAUGUAGGAGCACAGGAAACUGUCUUAGAAGAGAGGGAAAUCUCUCAUGAAGAAAUUCUCCAACAAGAAACUGGUCUGCAGGAAAGUGCCCUCCCACAGGAGGAGCUUAUCUCACAUGAUGAGCUAAUGAUCCACGAGGAAACGGUUAAAAAUGAUGAUGAUGAGAAUGAUGGACAUGAAAGGAUCCCUCAAGAAUUAUCGUAUGAACUAAAUGUAAAUGUAAAACAGGAAAUCCAAUAUGCUGAAGAAGCUGGACAACUGAAGAAAGAUAAAGGGCAACAAAAAGAACCAAUAGAUUUGCAAAAGAAGAAGAAACGGAAACAACGUUCUCCUUCCAAGAUUUUAACAAUAAAUGAAGAUGGAUCACUUGGGCUAAAGUGCCUGAAAUCUCAUAUCUGUGAGCAUUGUAAUGCUGCCUUUCGUACCAAUUACCACUUACAAAGACACGUUUUCAUCCAUACAGGUGAAAAGCCGUAUCAGUGCAGCCAGUGUAGCAUGCGGUUCAUUCAAAAAUAUUUGCUGCAGAGACAUGAGAAAAUUCAUACCGGUGAAAAACCAUUUCAAUGUGAUGAAUGUGACAUGAGGUUCAUACAGAAAUAUCAUAUGGAGAGGCAUAAGCGCACUCACAGUGGAGAGAAACCAUAUCAAUGUGAAUAUUGCCACCAGUAUUUCUCCAGAACUGAUCGUGUAUUAAAACAUAAACGCAUGUGCCAUGAAAAUAGAGAUAAAAAACUGAAGUGUGCAUUGAAGAUGGACGAAUUGGGAGGAGAGGAGGAAGAUCCAAGCAUUUCCUUGCAACAUAAAGAUAAUCCAGUACCACGGAAAAAGAAGCAAAAAGCAGCAGAAAAAUCCAGGUCUUCUGUUCCUCUUGCUGAUAAGGAGUGCACUGUAGAAAAAUUAGACCAGAAAAAAGAUGAAACUGAGAAUGAUUACUCAUCACUGUAUAACAUUGCUUCAAAAGUGAAGGAUGAAUAUAUGGUGACUGAAUAUUCUGUUGAAAUACCACAUUCAUCCAACAGUGGUGACCCUUUAGAAAGUACAGCUGGAGAUAUCCAUCCACCAAAGUUGGUCAUCAAGAAAGUCAGCAGUAAAAGAAGUCAGAAACUAGAGCUGGAACCAAGCCAGGCAAUGUCUGCAUUAUCCACAUAUGAAGAAAAUAAAGUUACUAAAUAUACGUAUGAACUUAUUGAUAAACCAGGUCUGCUGGAUUCUGAGGGAAACCAUGACAUUGAUCAAGUAGAUUCCUUACAGGAAGUUCCUAGUAAACCUGUGCAUAGCAGUAACAAUUAUGAUGAUGCAAUGCAGUUUCUAAAGAAGAAGCGCUAUUUGCAAGCGGCAAGUAACAAUAGUAGAGAGUAUGCCCUGAAUGUAGGCCAGAUAGCAUCACAGCCAUCUGUGACUCAGGCUGCUGUGGCUAGUGUCAUUGAUGAAAGUACAGCAGCAUCUAUGUUGGACUCUCAAUCAUUAACUGUUGAAAUAAAGAAUAGUCAUGACAAAAGUGGAAUUCCUGAUGAGGUACUGCAGACUCUGUUAGACCAUUACACUCAUAAGGCAAAUGGACAGCAUGAAAUGACUUUUAGUGUGGCUGAUACAGAGGUGGCAUCGAGCAUGUCAAUAAACACUUCAGAUGUUGCUGAGGUUGCCCAGACUGAGAGAGCCAGUGCAAGUUCCCAAUCAACAUCUUCAGACAAAGCCAGUAUGCUCCAUGAAUAUUCAAAGUUUCUCCAGCAAGCUUUGGAAAGAACAAGUCAGAAUGAUGCCUAUUUACCCAAUCAGACCCUUACUUUUGGCACUGACAGUCCUACCCUUGCAAGUCAACCAUUGUUUUCUUCCAUGGCCUCAAUGACAAUGCAACGUGGUUUUAGGUCAAGCAUGAAUUCACCAUUGCGAAUAUCAUCUGAUAAGUCUCACUAUGGCUUAAUGGUUGGCGAGUCCCAGCACUCCUUUUCCUUCUCAAGCGAGGAGACAAAUCAUAGUUCUGUCUCAGCACAAGAAUUCUUGGAUCAGAUGACAUCUCAGAAGAAGGUAGAAGCUCAGCCUGUCCAUCAGGCCUAUCAAAUAGGUACAUUUGAGCAGACAUUCAGAGCUCAGUACCAGAAUGUAAGGGCUGGUGUGCCUCCCCCAUACAGUGCUGCCAAUGGACAAGUAAACGUGAGAGUACGUGGGGGUAGUGCAGAGUUUUCAGAAUUUCCCUUGGUUAGUGUGCCAGAAGGAAGAGCUCAAAUGACUGCUUCACCAGAUGCUGCAGCUAGUCAGGCCUUUGGAUAGUAGGAAACUGUAAUCUUUGUAAUGUAACUGAGGCUAGCACUUCAAAAUGACAAUUCUUGUAUUAUGCGCUGCUCUGUAUAGGAUGGGGUGCUGAAUAAUCAGUAGUUGAGGCAGUUUUGAUUCAGUUUAAUACAAUUAUACAGAAACAUCAUAAACUAGGCCUUUCAUAUGUCAAAACAUCAUUGCGCUCCAGUGUGACACUGUUAAAAACAUACUUUCUUUCCAUAUGUCAGCCAUGCAUAGCAUGUCCUAGGUUAUUGUCUUGUGGCAGGGGUAACUGUUGUUUAAUACUGAUGCUGUUGCUUUGCCUCACCUUAUGACAUGCCCCAAGUAUUUUGGCACUUUCUAAAGGAAAAAAAAAAUCCGUCACUUCUAUUUGAAGGAUGUAACCAAACUAAUACAUUGGUUUAUUUGGAUUUUCUUUAAAUUUAUGCACUUUUUUCACCUCUGAUUUACUAAGUUCAUGAACAAAAACUAACCAUUUUGUUUGUUUAUAUGUAGAAGAAUACUUUAAAGAGAAAUUGGAACUUAAUUUUUAUCUAACUUGCAUCUUCUUUUCCUGUGAGGAAGCCCACAGAAUUGAUGAGUGGGAGCAAAAUGGUAUUCCACAGUUAUCCACUGAACAUUCUAUUUAUACCAUGAAUUUAAAAAAGAAAUUUUAUUUAUUUUAGAAAUGAAAAUGUGGGAAUUUAUGUCAGUAAGGACUGUUUUAAGCACAAAGGGUGCUUAAAACUUAUCUAGACAUGAGAUGCCGAUUUCAACUCUUCAAGAUGUUGGGCUGCCUUAUUAAGAGGAAAUAGUUUAUAUCCCUAUUUUUGUAUGCUUAGUGUAUAAAACCAUUUUAUGUUCCCUUGUAGAAAAUAUACCUGUUAAUUUAUAUUGCAAUAUCUCUCCCUUAUCUGUAAAAUACCUUUGUCUGCACAGCAAUGUUUCAGAAUUAUAUAUAAAACUUAUCUGUCAUCUUACAAAGUAUGUUACCGAUUUAUUAAAUGUUCUGUAAAUGUGAUUUUGUACCUUGUGGCAUGAUAAGUUUUAAAGAUUGGAUUAACUAUUGAAGAUUUUAAUUUCCUAUUCAAUUGCAUGAUACAAAUAUUUGUUUAACAAAUUUUCUGCAGUUGAGUCAGAUUAGGAAUCUUCCUUGCGUAUUAUUACAUUUUCUUCUAAUUUGGAGAAAUACUACAGCCAGCAUAUUGGUUUAGAGUCGGCAAUUUAUUCAGUGGUUUUUGGGGCAAAACCUCUUCAAAUUGAGAGUGACAGCAUUGGUCAAAAUUUUUGCAGUUUGUAUGGUUUGGAUAUGUUACUGAUCAGUGCAACCCUCAAGUUCCAUGACUUGCUUAAAGAAUGUUUCAACCAAAGAUGUAAAUGUUAUAUUUUUUAUAUUUAUAUCGUCUUUGUAGCGUUUGAAACAUUCUGAUAUUUACUGGUGACAAGGGGAGGAAGGAGGGGGAAUUAUGGUAAAUGAUGUCUAGAGGAACUCUUGAAUACCGUUAUAGCCUUUUUCAAAUUUAUAAAUGUCUGAUAUAACUACAGUGAAUGCACUUCAAGUUAAUACAUUGGACAUGCAGCGCUUUGCGAUAUCUAAUGUGGUACUAUAAAAAUACAAAUUCUUUAUGCCCAUGUGGAGUCUAAUUGAGACUAAAGCAUUGUGUGUAUGCAGUAAUUACAGGUGCGUUAUGUGUAGCGAUACAUUUCAGAAAAGUUCAUGUCUGUGUCUGCUGUCCACCUACAUCUUCAUCUUUUCCAAACGGUAGUUUUGUAAUCUGUCUGUGGGAAACCACCAUGCAAAUAUUGAUAACCUAAUUAUCUUCUUUUCCAACUUUCAGCAAUGUCAGCUACCCAAAGAAAUAUUCUGCUAUUAGCAAAAAAAAACACUUCUUCUAUUUUACAGUGGAUAUAUAAAAUUCUAGUGUGUCAGCAAACAGAAAUAUGGAACACAGAAUUCUCCACACUGCACUGUGCUUGUCAUAUGUCAUGCAGAGCCAAGAGAAAUGCUGUCUCUGGUCCAUGAGAAUUUUCAGAAGAAAAAUAGAAUAUACUGGAAACAGCAGAUCUGAUAGCGUCUGUGGAGAGAGUUAACAUUUCAGGUCUCUGAGUUUUCAUCAGACGUGAAAUGCUUACUGUUUCUCUCUCUACAGAUAAUGUCAGAUCGGAUGUGAGUUUCCAGCAUUUUUUUAUUUCAGAUUUCCAGCAUCUGUGGUAAUUUUAUUUUAUGUCUUUGAGUUUGCAGAGCCCAGAUUUAAGGCCUGUUUUAUAAUUGAGCUAGUUACAUGUGGUAGGUUUUCACUGAAUGGACCAAAUGUAAAGGAUGUCUCAGUUGAGAUUUUGGGAUAAAUUAUAAUUGGUCUACAUUAAGCAGUCACAUUUACUUUGUAAUUAUAUGUUUUUAAGUACUAACUUUUUUUUUAAUCAACCUUGCAAUUUACAUCAAUGUGGGUAUCCAAUACUAUUAUUUAAAAACAAAUGAGGCAACUGCAGUAUUGUCAUAAUAAAAAGUUGUUGUACUGCUACAAUCAAGGUACAGUGACCCAGCACAGUUUUAAGUGCUGUGUAUAUUUUAUUGCCCACAAACUUAAUCUUGCACUGAACACUGAUGUGUCAAAUCAGUACAGUAAGUUAUUUUUAAAUUCCUACCUAUAUUAAUGAUAACUGAAAAAGCAGUAAGUCUCAAUAAUUUCAUAUCUGUGAUUUAUGCCCUCUAAAAGAGUCUAAAAUCACCAUGUCUGAUCAGUUCCCCUGCUUUUAUUCUAGCUUAUAGCAUACGUAAUAAAAAUGCAUUGCUCUCUUUAUUACAGAAUUAAUAACAUGUACAAUGUACUUUCAAAACCUGCACUUUUAAAAUGCUUUCAUUAGAACACGUGAGAGAAUGUACAGCAAAAUGAUUUUCAAACUGCAAUCCAAAACCUUGUUUCAGCUUUAUAGUAUUCAUAAGUUUUUACAUAAUUAUAUCCAUUUAAGUUUCUUUGAAUAGAGCUGCCAAUGUGUUGAGUAGACAGCAGUUGAUCUAGUGAUCUGUACUGGUCAUGGCCUGGGUACUUUUUAAGUGUAUAUUUGAAUCUUCAUUGAUUACAAAUAUGGUUUCAUUCAGUCUUCAGUUUUAUGGCUCUUUUUAUUGAAACAAAUGCAUUCCGAGAAUGAAAAGUUAAAUGUAUUGGUGCAGGAUUUUUGAAAGUAUUUAUUUUAAUGUGCAAAUUAUUUUGUUUUCAUUUAUGACCCAGUAUUUUAGCAUGAACUGUUGAGAUUUUGGAUGAGGAGGGGGACAAAGAGCAAACCUGACAAAGUAAUUUAUUGUAACCAUAAGAUCAAAAAUUACUUAAACUGAAACAAUGUUUAAGGGAAGUGCUCUUCUUGUAGAACUACUGAGACAAUUUAUUUUUCUGUUGAAGUUGGGGGUGAAAUGGAAGGGAAUCUUAAAUUGAAAUUCUUUUUGGUAUUCUGGUAUAGUGAAAAUUCUAAAAGUACAAUCCAAAUUUAUAGCUCUAUUUUGUCUAAAGCUUAGUUUAUGUACAUAAUCAGACUACAGCUGCCCGCUACUUUCCCAUCUAUGAUGGUGGCGAGAGAUUGACACUGCAUAUCUAUACAGAGCAGCAAAAUGGAUAACCAUUAACAUAGGUAAAGCCGCAUCAAAUUUAUAAUAGCUGUUGCAUAGACUUUGUUAUAUGCUAGCCAUUUAUACAGAGGUGGACUUGCCAAGUGAUACUUUAUUCUGGUCUCUUUUAGUACACUGGUCAUUUUUAUACGUAAGCUUGCUUUUCUAUUCAUGUAGAAGUGUUAACUAGAGAGAUCGAUUUUGUAGUAUACUGUAAAAGUUCAAUUUGUUACAAAUUCUGUUGGGCACAGCCGAUGUACAAAAAUAUUUACCUUUUUUUUGUUCAUUUGUUCACUACUCCACAAUCAAGUUGAACGGGAGAUUUUGUUUGUGUCAGCAAAUCUGUCAGGCUUUUGUUCGCCCCACAUAAAACUUGUUCAUUUAACUUCAGUAUCUUAACAUUCAGGGUUUAAAUGCUGGUGUGCAAAUAUUUGGGGAAUGGAUUUAUCAGUAGAACAUACUGAUACAGCAAGGUUGAUUUGCAAUGUGUGAUCAAAUACUGUGUAGAUAUGUAAUAAAGCAAAAUCUUACAAUAUGCUUUAAACAGUUAUCAAAUGAUAUACAGUACUUUCUAAACUGUGUAUUAGAGAAAUUGAAAGUAUCACAUUUUUGUCUUUAAGAGUCUUUUUAAUGCAUAGUUAUAAAUAAAU